AGCACUGUCACCGGUUGUACAAGAACAAUGACUAGAUACCUAGUUAAGAUGUGACAAAAGAAAUCCUCACACAAUGUAUUUUUUACACAAAGGGGCUUAUUUACCUAGAUAUUAGGCCUAGCUAUACCGCCAUAGCGGGGAUACCUUUCGCUUCAAAUUUUUGCUUGGGUAAAGGAAGUUGGGCUCGCAUACCUAGCUCGGAACUCUACGAUAUCGACGAAGCAUAAUAAUGCAAUGCAACGCUAUAAAACGAGGUAUUAAUACUAUCGCCUCGUAAGAGAAAAAUGAAAGUAGAGUGGAUUCUCAUGUUUGUCCAUAAUUUUUACCGUACUUGCAGCAAUACAGGAGUCGAACGACUCUCACGUCAAAAUGUCCUGUCAAAUAAACGGCAACUCGGAUAUGUAUGGGGUUGGUAUUCGAAUUGGAUUUUAUCUCCAGUGGUAUGGUACCUAUUAUCGCAACAUGGCUUGCCAAAGAAGAGGUGAAUGGAAUGAGACUAGCCAACGCCCUCUUCAUAUCUGCAACCUUUCUUGCCCUUGCUAUCCAAGUAUCAAUGAAGACUCUUCAGCCAGCUGAAAUAUAUAUAAUCCUCUUGUUAACCUAUGGGGCCUUCUACUGGCUGGUGCCUCUUUUCCUUUGGCGCCUAGUCAUUGGAUGUAACUCGCGUUUGGACCCUUCCGUUUGGCCUCGAGUUGAGCCUAGCCGCAUUUAUAGCGUCUUGAAUUUCGGCCUGUUGAUUGCGGAAACCAUUUUCCAGCUAUGGUUUUGGGCUACUGGGAUACACAGAAUCCCAGCUGCCACGAACUGCCCGCAAUAUGGCUUUUUCUUUGGUGUGGUCUCCCUAUACAGCCCUUCAUUCAUUGCAGUGAACGUCAUUUUCAAUAUCAUACUGCUCAUAUGCUGCUUCGGGUAUUUCUGUUUGGAUGUUGGUAUAGUACGACGACCGCAUUGGCUCCAAGAUCGAAUCAGUAGAGCAUAUACGCAAGAAGCAAGCAAGGAGCACGUAUUCCGCCUACAGGUCCUACAAAUUGUGCUCAAUCUUAUAGUAGCUAGCGUGGUUGUGAUCGCUACGGAACUUACGAUUCAAUGGAACAACAUAAACGACGUUAAUGAUGCAUCAACUGCAGGUCAAACUAUUCCAGUUAUCACUGCAACUGGCCUUGUUGCUCACGUCUUUUACGUUUAUUUCUUCAGGCACGAUUCUGAUUCAAGUUCGUCCGAUCCAUCAGACUCACCACCAGAUUCAUCACCUCGAUUACCGGGUCGGUUUGGACACCUACCCCCGAUGGCGCACCCUGGGCCUUUUAGGAGAUCAGGCCCGACUGCAUUUACCGGUUCUACCAGGCCUCCUGGGCCAACGGGACCGCCCGAGCCACAUGGCCCUCCUGGAGCUGUAGUAAGGAUCGGAUAGCUGAGGAGCCCGACUCCCUUCUAUGAGGCUUGAACACUAUAGCUUGGUAUACUGACUUUGGUAUCGGAGAAUUAUAAAGUCCAGUCAACUAAGCGAAAUCUUUUCGAGGUGUCCAAUCUUUAGAUUCGCACAACGUAAAACCCGGCGGCUAUGUACAAGUAUGAGUCUCGAACUAAUAUACAGCUUCCGCUACUCAUUCGCGUGCGCAUCAUUGUAGUAGUGAAUCUACGUUUCAGUCAGCAAGUCACUCAAACUCCCUAUACUCCACACACCAAUUUAAACGGGAGAGGGGAGAAGGGAUAAACCUACAGUCUGAUCCGCACAUCCACUCGGCGUCUGGUAUCCAUACGCACCCGUAUUAA